UGCUGAAAUGGACAUGUUUGUUUAGAUAUAUUGAGUAAUUUGAUGGAAUAUGGUAUGAAUAUGUUAUUGGUGCAAAUGAUAUGUUUAUGAUCCUUAUGAUGUGAAUCAUUGGAUUAAAAAGGAUCUGUGACGGUUUUGCCCUAGAUCUGAAAUUACAGUGGAUAUAUUGGGACCUUCGGGUCAACAUAUUGGGACCUUCGGGUCAAAUCAUAGUGGGACCUUCGGGUCAAUCAUAUUGGGACCUUCGGGUCAAACAUAUUGGGACCUUCGGGUCAAUCAUAUUGGGACCUUCGGGUCAAACAUAUUGGGACCUUCGGGUCAUAUUACAGUGGGACCUUCAGGUCAAAUCAUAAUGGGACCUACGGGUCAAUUAUAUUGGAAAUCCCGGGCAGAUACCAGGCUUGACUGUCACAGAAUAAUAAAUUGAUCAGAGAGGCAUAUGCAUAUGAAUAUGAAAUGGUUUGUUUUUAAAGUAUGAGAUGUAUUGUUUCUGAUUAUAUGUUUUGAUAAAAGAGUAUGCUUGAUAUUGUAUCAUGUGAGAUUAAAGUGUUAUCAGGUUUGGCAGCUGACGCAUAUUGGCAACUUUCUCCUCCUCAUCAGUUUCGCAUGUAGAUAAAUGUAUAGUAUAUAGAGUUGUGAGAGGGUUUCACUACUUUACAGGAUGUUUUGAAAUAUGUGCUGGAUGAAUGUUGAAUUUUAGAGUUAUAUAAUAUGUGUGUUCUAUGAAUUAGACACGUGUAUCGAUUGCUUUUAUGAUAAGAAAUUUAUUUAUAGUAAGUGCAUACAUCAGAGGGGUUGAGGUGUCACAUUUAGGUGGUAUCAGAGCGGGGAUAAAAUCCCGCUGGGACAUUGCAUCCAUACAUUGCAUAUGAUACGUAUUGGGUAUAAGUUGCAUUUGCAUUUGAAUAAUCAGGAACAUGGAUAUUCCUGAACAUACGUCAUCGAGGAGAGAAGGGUCAGCCGCCCCGCAUAAUUCAUCAACUGCAGAAGCAUCUGAUACACCUGUUGCAUCAUCUCGGGGUAGCCAGCCAAUACAUAGGCAGGUUGAACAAGAAGUACAGGGGCUAGAAAUGAGACCAAGGGGUAAAAAUUUUAAAGAACUACGAAAGAUGGGAGCCGUUGACUUUGUUGGGACUACUGAUCCUGCCGAGGCUGAGAUAUGGUUGAAGAGGACAGAGCGUGUGUUUAAUCAGAUGGGUUGUAUUACAGAAGAACGUUUUGAUUAUGCAGUGUCUCUUCUUCAGGGCGAUGCUUACUAUUGGUGGGAGACUGUCCCACGAGCUAUGAUACAUCCUCCAGUACUCAGUUGGGAUGACUUCUUGAGAGAGUUCAGUGAUAAGUAUAUGCCACCAGUGUAUCGUGAUGAGAAGCAAAGAGAGUUUUUGUCCCUUAAACAAGGAUCUAUAUCAGUUGCAGAUUAUGAAGUGAAGUUUACUCAGCUUUCUCGUUAUGCAUCGGCAUUGCUACCUACAGAACAAGAUAAGUGCAGACAUUUUGAAGAAGGAUUGAUAUACGAGAUAAGAAGCAAAAUCACACCUUCAGACUUUCGUACUUAUAAUGAUCUACGUGCAGCAGCUAUACGAGCAGAAAGACUAGUGAAAGAAAGACAUGUGUAUAUUCAAAGACAAAAGAGGGGACCACCGGAGUAUAGGGGUGAAUCAAGCUCGAACAUUUCAAAAAGGCCUAGUUCUUUUUCUUCGGCAUCGAGUUUCAGUAGAGGAGGUAAAUUGGGUCAAAGAGGCGGACGUGCACCACCUUUUAGUUAUGAGUGGGGACGAGGAUCUGGUGUGACAGCACGUGCACGACCUUUAUGCGUGCACUGUGGACGACCACAUACAGGAGAGUGUCGACUAAUUAUAGGAGGUUGCUUUCACUGCGGUCAACAAGGACACUAUUAUAGGGAAUGCCCACUUCGGCCUAACAUGAUAUCGAGUGGAAGAGCAGCGACGGAACCAACAGUACAGAAUGUGCGACCCGCAGCAUCGAGUGCAAGUAAUAAUCGAGGUCGUGGAAGAGGACAGACUAUGAGUGCAAGUAUUAGAAAGAAAUGAAUUUUGCGGACAAAAUUCCUAAAGAGGGGAAGAAUUGUGACAUCCGUGACCCAAAUCAUACAUCAUAUGGCAUAAUUACAUAUUUUAUUAUAUAUUAGUUAUGCAAAUGUGUAUGUGUGCUUAAUACUAAGUGUCUUGUGCAUGGAAAAUGUGUGCAUGGGAUUUAUAGUAAUAUGUAGUGAGAAUAUGGAAAGAAAAGAAAGUAACUCUUUGUAUUAGUUUAGCUUCUGAGGUAAGCUUCGUAUUUAGCUUCUGAGGUAAGCUUCGUAUUUAGCUUCUGAUGUAAGCUUCGUAUUUAGCUUCUGAGGUAAGCUUCGGUUUAGCUUCUGAAGUAAGCUUCGUCAUAUAUAUAAAGGAGUUGAAAGAGGUUAAAAAAAAGGGAAGAAGGGGGAAAAAGAGAGAGAAAUUCUACACUUAUGAAUUUUUGAGAGGAUCAAGGAACGUAGAUCGGGAAUCAAGAGCUAGUGUUUGACCAGGUUAUCUAUCCUAAUCAGGAACAUGGAUAUUCCUGAACAUACGUCAUCGAGGAGAGAAGGGUCAGCCGCCCCGCAUAAUUCAUCAACUGCAGAAGCAUCUGAUACACCUGUUGCAUCAUCUCGGGGUAGCCAGCCAAUACAUAGGCAGGUUGAACAAGAAGUACAGGGGCUAGAAAUGAGACCAAGGGGUAAAAAUUUUAAAGAACUACGAAAGAUGGGAGCCGUUGACUUUGUUGGGACUACUGAUCCUGCCGAGGCUGAGAUAUGGUUGAAGAGGACAGAGCGUGUGUUUAAUCAGAUGGGUUGUAUUACAUAAGAACGUUUUGAUUAUGCAGUGUCUCUUCUUCAGGGCGAUGCUUACUAUUGGUGGGAGACUGUCCCACGAGCUAUGAUACAUCCUCCAGUACUCAGUUGGGAUGACUUCUUGAGAGAGUUCAGUGAUAAGUAUAUGCCACCAGUGUAUCGUGAUGAGAAGCAAAGAGAGUUUUUGUCCCUUAAACAAGGAUCUAUAUCAGUUGCAGAUUAUGAAGUGAAGUUUACUCAGCUUUCUCGUUAUGCAUCGGCAUUGCUACCUACAGAACAAGAUAAGUGCAGACGUUUUGAAGAAGGAUUGAUAUACGAGAUAAGAAGCAAAAUCACACCUUCAGACUUUCGUACUUAUAAUGAUCUACGUGCAGCAGCUAUACGAGCAGAAAGACUAGUGAAAGAAAGACAUGUGUAUAUUCAAAGACAAAAGAGGGGACCACCGGAGUAUAGGGGUGAAUCAAGCUCGAACAUUUCAAAAAGGCCUAGUUCUUUUUCUUCGGCAUCGAGUUUCAGUAGAGGAGGUAAAUUGGGUCAAAUAGGCGGACGUGCACCACCUUUUAGUUAUGAGUGGGGACGAGGAUCUGGUGUGACAGUACGUGCACGACCUUUAUGCGUGCACUGUGGACGACCACAUACAGGAGAGUGUCGACUAAUUAUAGGAGGUUGCUUUCACUGCGGUCAACAAGGACACUAUUAUAGGGAAUGCCCACUUCGGCCUAACAUGAUAUCGAGUGGAAGAGCAGCGACGGAACCAACAGUACAGAAUGUGCGACCCGCAGCAUCGAGUGCAAGUAAUAAUCGAGGUCGUGGAAGAGGACAGACUAUGAGUGCAAGUAUUAGAAAGAAAUGAAUUUUGCGGACAAAAUUCCUAAAGAGGGGAAGAAUUGUGACAUCCGUGACCCAAAUCAUACAUCAUAUGGCAUAAUUACAUAUUUUAUUAUAUAUUAGUUAUGCAAAUGUGUAUGUGUGCUUAAUACUAAGUGUCUUGUGCAUGGAAAAUGUGUGCAUGGGAUUUAUAGUAAUAUGUAGUGAGAAUAUGGAAAGAAAAGAAAGUAACUCUUUGUAUUAGUUUAGCUUCUGAGGUAAGCUUCGUAUUUAGCUUCUGAGGUAAGCUUCGUAUUUAGCUUCUGAUGUAAGCUUCGUAUUUAGCUUCUGAGGUAAGCUUCGGUUUAGCUUCUGAAGUAAGCUUCGUCAUAUAUAUAAAGGAGUUGAAAGAGGUUAAAAAAAAGGGAAGAAGGGGGAAAAAGAGAGAGAAAUUCUACACUUAUGAAUUUUUGAGAGGAUCAAGGAACGUAGAUCGGGAAUCAAGAGCUAGUGUUUGACCAGGUUAUCUAUCCUAAUCAGGAACAUGGAUAUUCCUGAACAUACGUCAUCGAGGAGAGAAGGGUCAGCCGCCCCGCAUAAUUCAUCAACUGCAGAAGCAUCUGAUACACCUGUUGCAUCAUCUCGGGGUAGCCAGCCAAUACAUAGGCAGGUUGAACAAGAAGUACAGGGGCUAGAAAUGAGACCAAGGGGUAAAAAUUUUAAAGAACUACGAAAGAUGGGAGCCGUUGACUUUGUUGGGACUACUGAUCCUGCCGAGGCUGAGAUAUGGUUGAAGAGGACAGAGCGUGUGUUUAAUCAGAUGGGUUGUAUUACAGAAGAACGUUUUGAUUAUGCAGUGUCUCUUCUUCAGGGCGAUGCUUACUAUUGGUGGGAGACUGUCCCACGAGCUAUGAUACAUCCUCCAGUACUCAGUUGGGAUGACUUCUUGAGAGAGUUCAGUGAUAAGUAUAUGCCACCAGUGUAUCGUGAUGAGAAGCAAAGAGAGUUUUUGUCCCUUAAACAAGGAUCUAUAUCAGUUGCAGAUUAUGAAGUGAAGUUUACUCAGCUUUCUCGUUAUGCAUCGGCAUUGCUACCUACAGAACAAGAUAAGUGCAGACGUUUUGAAGAAGGAUUGAUAUACGAGAUAAGAAGCAAAAUCACACCUUCAGACUUUCGUACUUAUAAUGAUCUACGUGCAGCAGUUAUACGAGCAGAAAGACUAGUGAAAGAAAGACAUGUGUAUAUUCAAAGACAAAAGAGGGGACCACCGGAGUAUAGGGGUGAAUCAAGCUCGAACAUUUCAAAAAGGCCUAGUUCUUUUUCUUCGGCAUCGAGUUUCAGUAGAGGAGGUAAAUUGGGUCAAAGAGGCGGACGUGCACCACCUUUUAGUUAUGAGUGGGGACGAGGAUCUGGUGUGACAGCACGUGCACGACCUUUAUGCGUGCACUGUGGACGACCACAUACAGGAGAGUGUCGACUAAUUAUAGGAGGUUGCUUUCACUGCGGUCAACAAGGACACUAUUAUAGGGAAUGCCCACUUCGGCCUAACAUGAUAUCGAGUGGAAGAGCAGCGACGGAACCAACAGUACAGAAUGUGCGACCCGCAGCAUCGAGUGCAAGUAAUAAUCGAGGUCGUGGAAGAGGACAGACUAUGAGUGCAAGUAUUAGAAAGAAAUGAAUUUUGCGGACAAAAUUCCUAAAGAGGGGAAGAAUUGUGACAUCCGUGACCCAAAUCAUACAUCAUAUGGCAUAAUUACAUAUUUUAUUAUAUAUUAGUUAUGCAAAUGUGUAUGUGUGCUUAAUACUAAGUGUCUUGUGCAUGGAAAAUGUGUGCAUGGGAUUUAUAGUAAUAUGUAGUGAGAAUAUGGAAAGAAAAGAAAGUAACUCUUUGUAUUAGUUUAGCUUCUGAGGUAAGCUUCGUAUUUAGCUUCUGAGGUAA